AUGUCGUGGAAAAAGUCGACCGAGCUCAUGGACACGAUCCGGCAUUAUGCGAACUUCCCUGCCACGGGCGUGAGUCUACGCCAGAUGGUGCAGUUCGGCGAGAGACCGUCUGUCGGAACUCUGUUUCGAGCCUCUCAGUUUCUCUCCGAGGAGUUGCCCAUAAGAUUGGCACAUCGUGUGCAGGAGCUCCAGGAAUUGCCCGACGGGCUCGGCGACAUGCCCUCUAUCGGCAGAGUCCGGGACUGGUACGCUCAGUCGUUUGAGGAAAUCACCACUCUACAGAAGCCGUCUCUUUCGUCCGAAAUCCGCGACCGCCUCUUGAAACCGCAGAACGGAAAGAACUCACGUAUCUUGAGCGAGGCUACCAAGAACCCCAGCGUCAAUCAGGGCCAGUAUCGCUCCCAACUCCAUCACAACAACCACGAAACCGCCGAUCGAAAGAAUGCUCUCAAGCGCUACUAUAGCGCUGGCGACGACACCAACGAAUGGCCGCCAGAGCUAAACGACUACAAUACCCGUUUCUCAAAGACGCUCGAGAAGAUCAAGCGCCGUCACGAUAGCGUCGUGACCACCGUUGCUCAAGGCAUUCUAGAGUACAAGCGCAAGCGUCAACGAAUGCAGAUAGACCACAACAUCCAGGCUUUCCUCGACCGUUUCUACAUGUCCCGUAUCGGGAUUCGCAUGCUCAUCGGCCAACACAUUGCUUUGACCGACCAACGAGCUCACUCGGACCCCACCUACGUCGGAAUCAUCUGUACAAAGACAAAUGUGCGUGAUCUAGCUCAAGAGGCCAUCGAAAAUGCCCGCUUUGUCUGCGAAGAUCACUACGGUCUGUUUGAUGCUCCCAAAAUCCAGCUAGUCUGCAACCCCGACCUCAACUUCAUGUACGUCCCUGGCCAUCUGUCACACAUGCUCUUCGAGACGCUCAAGAACUCUCUUCGCGCUGUCGUUGAGACACAUGGCCAAGACAAGGAAGAAUUCCCCGUCACCAAAGUAGUCGUGGCUGAAGGAAAAGAGGAUAUCACCAUCAAGAUUUCCGACGAGGGAGGUGGCAUUCCGAGAAGCUCCAUCCCGCUUGUGUGGACCUACAUGUACACGACCGUCGACCAGACGCCUAUACUGGAUCCAGAUUUCGACAAGAGCGACUUCAAGGCUCCAAUGGCAGGGUUUGGUUACGGGUUGCCCAUUUCGAGGUUGUACGCCAGAUACUUUGGUGGAGACCUGAAGCUGAUCAGCAUGGAGGGCUACGGCACCGAUGUUUACCUUCACCUGAAUCGUCUGUCCUCCUCGUCGGAGCCGCUCCAGUGA